CUGAACAAGAACAAGCGAGAGCUUCGGUUUUUCUUUGAAGAUUCACAAAAUACAGCCAGACAAAAGAUUCAGUUCUUCUUUAGAAAUGUCACAUUUCAUGACUUAACAAAGAGGGCCACUGAUAAAGCAAUGCAGAGUGAGAGAGGACAUCUGGACCUGUUCCUGCGGUUUCUGAUGGGCAUUUCACUGGAAUCCAGUCAGAACCUGCUCAAAGGCCUGAUCAAACACACUCAAGACACCACAGAGAGCAUCAGACAAACAACUGAAUACAUUAAAGAAUUACAAAAACAGGACAUCUCAGAUGAAACUUCAGUCAACCUAUUCUACUGCUUACUUGAGCUGAAAGAUCAUUCAUUAUAUGAGGAAAUCCAGAGUUACCUCAGUUCAGAUGCACAUCCAGGAAGAGACCUCUCAUCUUCAAUGUGCACAGUGUUGACCUACAUACUGCUGAUGUCAGAGAAGGUGCUGGAUCAGUUCAACCCAAAGAGGUUCACGUCAUCACGAGCAGACUACAGGAGACUCAUUCCAGCUGUGAGAUGCUGCAGAAAAGCCCUAUUUGACGGCUGUGAUCUUGAUGAAACAUGCUGUGAAACUGUGUCUUCUGCUCUACAAUCAUCAAACUCUCAUCUGACAGAGCUGGACCUGAGUAACAAUCACCUGCAGGAUUCAGGAGUGAAGCUGCUUUCUGAUGGACUGAAGAGUCCAAACUGUCAGCUGCAGAUUCUGAG